UGCUUUUCUUGUGGCGAAGGGGUCGGAUGUCUCUUUGGGUGUUUAAGAUUUCAGGCCCCUGUUUUAGGAUCAACGGAGCAAAACGCGAGGAGAGAAAAGGAGCCCUCGGGCACCGGACGCUCAGUCUGAAUCCUGAUAUGUUUUGUAACCAGGAAAGAAUACCAGGAAAAAUUACAGCAGAGGAAUCACAACAAAUAAGUUGAAAAAGCAAACUUGGAUGGACAAAAGUUUUGAUCGGCAGCAUUUGGAGAUGACUGAACAAGAGGAAAACUUAAGGAAAAUUGAUGUAGAAACAGAUUCUGGAAUUUAUGAUCCUUCGACUUCUGAGGUGACGACUGAUGCAAAGAGGGCAAGAAAUGCUAGUAGAAGUAAAGCUUGCAUACCUCAAUGCAUUUCAGACAACAAAACAGUUACUCUGCUCAUCUGUAUUAUUAUCGUAUUGGUUUUCAUUAUAAUUGCAUUGAUUAUCAAAAUUGUAACGCUUGGUAAAGAAGAGAAAUCUUGUCCAAUCUGUGCUCCGUGUGAAAGUUUUGCCUGCCCAGAAAUUUGUGAUAGAUUCCGUGGAAUAUAUAUAUAUACAGAGCUAAAAAAUUGGCAUAUGAGUUCAGACAUCUGUUCCUCACUUAAUGCCUCCUUGGUUGUGAUUGAUACACAGAAGAAUUUGGACUUUUUGGUGGAAAAUUUAAAUCCCGGUGAUUACUGGUUUGGACUCUCAAAAAAAGAUCAGGUCUGGAAAUGGCCCAAUGGUACAGAGUUUACAAAUCAGUUUCCAGUGGAAGGAGAAGGCGCCUGUGCUUAUAUAAAUGAAAAAGGGGCCAAUAGCACCAUAUGCUCCAUGGAGAAACAUUUUAUUUGCAGCAUUCCGAAACAUUGUCGCAAAGCUGGAUAGAUAACCUCAUCAAAAGAUGGAAGCUCC